AUGUUAGGACUGAAAUGGGACAAGCUGGCAGGUGUGACAACAGACGGUUGUCCAAAUCUGAUGGGGAAAAAUGUUGGACUUUUAAAGAGAAUGCAGGAUAAAGUGACAGAAAUGAACCCUGUGCAGAAAUUGACAUUUUUGCAUUGUAUUAUACAUCAGGAAGUGUUGUGUAAGACAGUGUUAAAAAUGAACCAUGUCGUUGAUGCUGUAACUAAAACAGUUAACUUCAUCAGAGUGAGAGCAUUAAAUCACAGACAAUUUGUUGCAUUUUUGGAGGAAAAUGAGAUUGAACAUGGUGACAUAAGCUAUCACUGCACUGUCAGGUGGCUCAGCCUUGGCAAAGUACUGAAAAGUGUCUGGGACCUGAGAGACCAGAUUCAGGAUUUCUGUGUUAAGAAAGGACAUGACAUCCCAGAGCUUUCAGAUAAAGACUGGGUGGCAGCCCUCGGAUUCGCUGUGGAUGUGACUGCACUAAUGAACGAACUAAAUGUCAAACUGCAGUGCAAGGGCCUUUUUGUGCAUGAGAUGUACAGUGCAGUGAAUGCUUUCAUGAGAAAGUUGCAGCUUCUCUCAAGCCAAGUGAAGGACAACAUUCUGACCCACUUGCCAACACUAAAGGAAGCCACAAGAUCAGCCGAUCACCUCCACAAGUACUCAACCAUGUUAGAAGCACUCCAGAUUUCAAUGCCCUUGUUCAAGCCCAGAACAGACUGGAUUAUUCUCACUGAAGAGGUUUUUGCUGCCAGUGAGAAUGCAGGAAGUGAUUCCUCUCUGAUUACAGAUGAGCUCUCUCUGUAUACCACCCCACACUCCCAACUGCACGACGUGAAGCCAGAAGUCAGCCAUGUGGAGCAAAGUGUAGCAUCACUGAGGAAAUCUGAUCUGAAGUUCAAUGUAGAAGAUUAUCAUGGAGAUGCUAGAGUCAAAAUCCCAGAAUACAAUGAGAUAGUCGCUGUGUUUAAGGAUUAUAAUUUGAAUCGCCACUACACGACCAAGCAUGAGGAUAAAUACAGAAAUCUGUCUGAUGAAGAGAGCGCGCAAGGGAGUCUGAUGCAUUGCUAG